UGCCCGUUCGCGCUAUAUAUCCACCGUUCGGUGCUACACAUUCUGCACUGCACCUCACCGCCACGCUUCAAGGCUAGCUCGAUCGGUACGGCGAAAAUGGCGGGUAGGCUACUCCGCGGGGUCGUUUUGUCGGUGUUGGUGGCGCUUCUAGCUGCGGCCGGCGCAGCGGGGGCGGAGGCGUCGUGCCCGGCGACGCCGCCGGACACCGGGGCGACGCUCCAGGUGUCGCACGCGUUCGGGCCGUGCUCGCCGCUGGGAGGCGCGGCCGCAGCGCCGUCGUGGGCGGGCUUCCUCGCGGACCAGUCCUCCCGGGACGCGUCGCGGCUGCUGUACCUUGACUCUCUCGCCGUGGCCGGGCGCGCGUACGCACCGAUCGCGUCCGGGCGGCAGCUGCUGCAGACGCCGACGUAUGUGGUGCGCGCGCGCCUCGGCACCCCGCCGCAGCAGCUCCUCCUCGCCGUCGACACCAGCAACGACGCCGCGUGGAUCCCCUGCUCCGGCUGCGCGGGCUGCCCGACGACCACCCCGUUCAAGCCAGCCGCGUCUAAGUCGUACCGCGCCGUGCCGUGCGGCUCGCCGGCGUGCUCGCGGGCGCCGAACCCGUCCUGCUCGCUCAACAGCAAGUCCUGCGGGUUCAGCCUCACCUACGCCGACUCCUCGCUCGAGGCCGCGCUGUCCGAGGACUCCCUCGCCGUCGCCAACGACGUCGUGAAGAGCUACACCUUCGGCUGCCUCCAGAAGGCCACCGGCACGGCGGCGCCGCCGCAGGGCCUCCUCGGGCUCGGCCGCGGGCCGCUGUCGUUCCUGUCCCAGACCAAGGACAUGUACGAGGGCACCUUCUCCUACUGCCUCCCGAGCUUCAAGUCCCUGAACUUCUCCGGCACGCUCAGGCUCGGCCGCAAGGGCCAGCCGCUGCGCAUCAAGACGACGCCGCUGCUCGUGAACCCGCACAGGUCCUCGCUCUACUACGUGGGCAUGACCGGCAUCCGCGUGGGCAAGAAGGUGGUGCCGAUCCCGCCCUCCGCGCUGGCGUUCGACCCGGCGACCGGCGCCGGCACGGUGCUCGACUCCGGCACGAUGUUCACCCGGCUGGUGGCGCCGGCGUACGUGGCGGUGCGCGACGAGGUCCGCCACCGCAUCCGCGGCGCCCCGCUCUCCUCCCUCGGCGGGUUCGACACGUGCUACAACACGACGGUGAAGUGGCCGCCGGUCACGUUCAUGUUCACCGGCAUGCAGGUGACGCUGCCCGCGGACAACCUGGUGAUCCACAGCACGUACGGCACCACAAGCUGCCUGGCCAUGGCGGCGGCGCCCGACGGCGUGAACACGGUGCUCAACGUCAUCGCGAGCAUGCAGCAGCAGAACCACCGCAUCCUGUUCGACGUGCCGAACGGACGCGUCGGCUUCGCCCGCGAGCAGUGCACCGCGGCUUGAGACGGAUUGAUUAUCCCUCUGCCGGUAGCUGGGAACCGAGGCCGGACCAGCCGCUGCGGCCUGCGCCACUGUUGCCUGUCCGUUGGUGUCGGACCUGCAUGCUGGUGAUUUAAUUAUUUUGUAGCCUAGUGAGCGUGCUGUCUCCAUCGGUGUGCAAGAUCUUGUGUUUUUCUUUCUUGUUUGUGUAAUAUCAUGUGUGCCUCACGGGUUUCUAGUAAUUUCAUGUGGUUUAAGGUUGGGCCUGUUAGGGUUUAAGAGGGGUAGUGCGUUUGCAUCUACUGUACCCCGUAAGUAAUUGUUGGUUGCACAAUAACGCUAUGCUUGAGAAAGUAUAUGCUGCUUCUGGGAGAUUAUUUACCAUAUUA